UGGCGCACUUUAGCCCGGUGCUCUUGCGCACUGAACGUUAUCAGCUUCAAAAAUUUAAUUUUUUUAAUCAAAGUCACACAAAAAAAAGUAUAUUUUAGUGUUAUAUUAGUGUCGUACUUCGUAAUAUUGUUAUAUAAAUAACCCUCGGGCCCAUUGUUGUUGUGGAUGUUUCUAGCAACUGCAAUAUUAAAAUAGAAUCUUUUAUUAGACUGCUUUGACCCCGAUUGUGAUUUAGCAGUUUCUGGAUGCGACUGUCCAAAAUGGAGCAGUUACAAACAGUUUGUGGUUAUGAAUGAAAAAGAAGUAACUACUCAAGUUACCAUAUCAUUGAAAGUACCAACCAUAAAAACUGAAUCAGGAACACAAACAAUCACUGGUGAAAAGGAACCUGCAAAAAGAAAAGAAGACACAAUGGACGAAACGAUGGAAAGACCGGCUACGUCUAUACGUAAACGUAGAAACAUUUCCAAAAAUAGGGGUCAAAAUGCGAGGCAAAGAGAAAAAACACCAGAACCCAGUAGAGCAUCUAUUCCUCACGAGGAUACGCCGACUUCAGAUGAUGAGGAUCUUGGGCCGAACAGAACAUCACGAGAAAUUGAAGCUGAUAAUACAUAUGAGGAAAUGAAACGUUUAGUACAAGAAAGGGCUAAUGAAAAAGACCCUGUGUAUGAUUUAGACACAGAUGAAAUUCUCGAAGCUAGAGCAAUGGAAGCUAAUGAAAGGAGAAGAAGAAGUAUCUCUCCCUUUGCUUUACCAGAUAAAGAAGAAGGCACUCACUUACAACGGAAAGGCAGUUUUAUAGAUCCUACAAACAAAUUGUUGAGUACAAAUUAUAUAGUUAGCCCAAAAGAUGAAGACUCGAAACGAAGAAACUCACUAACACUAGCGUCUACUGAGCCCAUAAAAUCUUCCAGAAAUUCUUUAUCACCACCAGGCACUGCUGGCACUUCACCAAAAGAGACAGAAUUCCCAUCUUCGUUACCAUCAACACCAAAAAAAUUAGAAGAAAUGGUUUACCCAGAUGAAAAAACAGAAGAAAAACCUAUUGACAAACAAAAAUUACCGAAACAUAAAAAUAAAGAAGAAGAAAACGCUAAUAUAGAAAAGGAAGAAAAACAAAUUAAAAAACCUUCACCCGUUAAAGGAGCUGACAUUCAGACACCUACUUCUGGCGAGUUAGUAACCAGAGUCAUACAAGUAGAAAGAACUCCGAGUAAAAAGUUAAAUCAAGACCAAAAACCGGUUGUUGAGGUUCGAGAACGAGUUGUAAGAACGCCGAGUAAGAAAUUGUCCGCAGAAGCAAAACCGAUCAUUAAUAAACAAAUACAGAGUAAACAACAGGAGCCCCAGAGCAAGGUUCCUCCAGUAAAGCCAGCUCGAAGUAAAUCAGCAUCACGAUUUGCGAGUAAAACGAGUGAGAGUGAAAUGAGUGAGGAUCAAAUGUAUCAACAGAGUGUGAAUGCAAGUGGUGCGAGGCGUAAAGUCGUACCAACACCACGCCGUUUUAUAAAACACAAGUCUCCUAGAGCGAACCGCUCACACUCAGUAAAUAGAAUUGAAGAUGUAUUAGUCGAUAAAACCGGCACAGGAAUGAGUCAGACUAGUCUAGAAAUAAUUGAACUAAUGCAAAAAGCUAGAGCCAGAAGCUUGUCAAUACCAAAAGAAGACCCACGAAUACCACCCGAUUACAAAAAGUACAGCAGAACUUUGCAAACUCCUAACAAAACACCUGUUAAUUUAAGGAGCACACGAGGUAUAUCAUGUCCUAAAACGAUCCAGAUUAUAAGCGAUCGUGAGAUUUUAUCAGGCUUGGCAAGCAAAAAAGUAGAGGUUGGACAUAAGAAGCACAGCCGACAGAGUUCAGGCUAUGUUGAUGCUAGCCAGUCCGAAUAUACAUCUAGUUGUUAUUCGUCUUCACCCAGUGAAAAUGAAUAUGAGUUUGAUCUUUUAGAAAGGUCUGCUGAAUUAACUCGCAAACUUAACCUCUUAAGUCAAAGAGAAGAUAAGUUUGAUGCAAAAGCUAAUAUUAUUCUGCAUCAGGGCACUUUUGGUGAUGAUUAUAAAGACUCUAAAUCUGUUUUACGUAAACGCUCUAUUCUAGAAGCCAAAAAAGAUUCGAACAUUUCGUCUAAGAAAGAAGACACUAAAAAACCUAAAAUAGAGAAGGACGAUAAAAAUGUAAAACCUAAAUUAUCGAGAUUUAAAUUUAUAGCUAAUUGGCAACAGUUCAAAUAUGAGUAUCGUAACGAUUGGGAGAAAUUAAAAAUACUAAGAAACAAGUGUAUAUGUGAUAUGUUAAUAUUGAUUAUUAUGUGUGGUUCAGGAGGGAUGAUGUUCAAAUCUUUGGAAGGUUCAUUUGAAAAUGCCUAUAAGUGCAGUGCUAGGAAUGUUAAACGCGAUUUCAUUGAGAGUCUCUGGCGUGGGAGUCAUUAUCUUAGAGAAGAUGAUUGGAAGUCAAUGGCUAGAAAGAAACUUUUCGAAUUUGAAGAUCAAUUGCAUACCGCGCACGAGGCUGGGGUCACUUCAUAUAGUGGACAACGAUCAUGGAAUUUCAUGAAUUCAUUCGUGUACUGUUUGACUUUAAUCACCACAAUUGGUUAUGGUCAUAUAGCUCCUAAAACAACCUAUGGACGAGUUGCAACAAUUGUCUACGCCAUUAUUGGAAUACCGCUGUUCCUUAUAGUCUUGGCCGACUUUGGAAAACUAUUCACAAGGAUUAUAAAGUUCUUUUGGGCAUUUAUACGCCGUUUCUACUAUACGAGAAGCUGCAGAAGAGUCAGAAGAACAGCACCAGUACAGGAAGUAAUGAAAGGGCUGAAUAUAGUCUACGAUGUUGUACGUCGGCCGUCUCAAAUAUUUUCUGAAGAGGAUAUAGAGACUCUGCCAGAUGGCGCUGCGCCGCCUAAGGUAGAGAGGAAACCGAGUGAUGUCCCGCCACCCUUACCCCCAAAGCCUGGACAACAAAAGCAAUCAGAAAUCGACGGAGAUCCAGACACGCCUGCCCCGUCAGUAUUUGAAAUUGACGAUGAAUUCAACUUGCCAAUUUCCGUAGCAAUUUUCAUACUAGUCGUAUAUAUAAUUAUCGGAGCUGUAGGUUAUAGCAUUUGGGAGACUUGGAAUUUCUUUGAAUCAUUUUACUUUGUCUUCGUCUCAAUGUCAACGAUUGGUUUAGGAGAUUUAGUGCCAGAUCACCCAAUGUUCAUGAUGGCUUCCAUAUUGUAUCUUGUAUUCGGUUUAGCUUUGACUUCCAUGUGUAUUAAUGUGGUACAGGUGAAAUUAUCUGAUACAUUUAAGCAAGCUAGUGCCAAAUUAGGAGCGACGAUCGGACUUAAAGUUGCUGAAGAAGAUGGUAGCCUGGUACCUAUAACGCCACCACCUAUAGAAAUAGCACCUGUACAUAAAGGAAAAAGUGAAAUUACUGAAGUUAAAACAGUAGACAGCACGGACGAUGCCAAAAACAGAUAAUCAUAAUAGGUACAUAAAUAUAAUUGAAUCUAAUUUAGUUUCGUAAGUGAUAGUGCUAUAACAGAGUUUAUAAUAUAUACACUUUAUUUAUGAUGAUUUUUCUGUGUGUAAAUAAACGUUUUACAAUUUUC